AUGAAUAAAUUAAAACAAGAAUACUAAACUAAAGAAGAUUCCAAGAAUAAUAAGACAACUAAUAAUCAAAUCAAUCUUAGUGUUGAGAAAUAACUAUCUAAAAUUUACAAAUCAAAGGAUAAUUGCAUGAUGUGUCUUUCAUGUCAAUAAGAUAUUAUGAGACAGAACAUAUACAAUCAUUUAUUUGAACCAUUGCAUAUACUCAAACUCUAAGAGUACUUUAUCUAACAAAGUAGUCAUGCUUAAAAUAAGAAAGAAAAGAUUUUGAAAAAAGUUGAUAGUAAAACUCAGUCUUUACAAACUUAAUAUAUUAAAAACGAGUAAAUAGGAAAAGAAGAUAAAAAACACUAAACAAUCGAGAUUCCAUUAAUUGAUCAUGAGCUUAAUUAGAAUAUUAAUAGAAAUCAGAUUGAAAAGUUUGUAGAAAUCUUAUAAUACGAUUUGAAAUGUAUUGGUAAAAUAUAAUUAUCACUUAUUGUGUCAAUAUUGGUUAAAACGUAUUGCACAAUAAACGAGAUAAUAGAGAUGAAGUUCUCCCAAAUUUUAGAUAAAUGUACAUUUUAUUAUAUCAAUAUAAAUAAUUCUUGGGAAAAGAGUUAUUUAAUUCUAAAAUAGAGGUUUCCAGAGUAUUUAUAAGAUUUUAUGAGUAGGAAUUUAGGAUCCAAUAAACAUUUGAUUAAAUUAUUAGGAUAAAACAAGAGAUAGACUUUAAGUAAAGAAUUAUGGCUCAGCUGUAAUAAAAUCUAGUCACAAACUAUUGAUGCAGAAUAUAUUAGUUUUUUGUAAGGUUUAACCUUAAAAAAGCUGAAAAAGAUUUCCCUCGAGAAGAUGGCAAAAAAGAAUAAGAUUUAAGUUUAAGAUGAAUAGAUUACAAAGGAGAUAACCCAAAAGAAUUCAGCUUAAUCAAAAAAUCAAGAGUUGUAGAAAGUAGAAUAGAUAAAAAACCCAGAAAAAAAGUAAGCAAUAAAAAUAAUAAUUAAAUAAAAAUCUAUUGAAAAUUAGAAAUAAGAAUUAGUAGAUUGA